GUACAUGUCAAUUAAGAUCGAAUUAUGUUAGGUUGAAGUAAUACCCACAUUUCCUUAUAGUCAUCUGUUUCAAUAAUUUUUCAAAAGGAGUCUUCAUUUGGUUAUUUAUAUAAUACAUCCCCAAAUCUUCUCUUAUGCAUCAAAUCCUUUCUCCUCCCUCCAAAUUAGCGAUGGCAAAUCUAAAGAUCUCACUACCAAUUCUCAUUAUCCUUGUAGCUCUCCACAAUGCGGCAACCGCAGAGUCGUCGGCCGCCACAAGCUUCAUCGAGUCAUCCUGCAAAGUGACCCGCUACCCGGCGCUGUGCGUUCAGUCCCUGUCAAGCUACGCCACCACCAUCCGCCAGAGCGGUCGUCAGCUGGCCCGAAUGGCCCUGUCCGUGAGCCUCAGCAAGGCCCGUCUCGCCGCAGCCUUCGUGGCCAAACUGGGCAAAGGCGGUGGAAUGAAGGGGCUGGAGUACCAAGCAGUGAAGGACUGCAUAGAGAAUAUGGGAGACAGCGUGGACAGGCUCGGGCAAUCGGUGAAGGAGCUUGGGGACUUACGUCGAACAGCUGGUGGGGACUUUUUGUGGCACAUGAAUAAUGUUCAGACUUGGGUCAGCGCCGCCCUCACUGAUGAAACCACUUGCCUUGAUGGCUUCGCCGGCCGCCGCUUGGACGGCCAAAUCAAGGCUGCGAUCCGCCAGAGAAUUACCCUUGUUGCUCAAAUCACUAGUAAUGCUCUGGCUCUUGUUAAUCGCUUUGCUGACAAAAACCACUGAUUUGUACUUCAAGUACUCUACUCACUACUGUUGGUUUGCCUUAUUUUUGUAUAGUUACGUGGGUUUUAAGUUGUGUAAAUUUUUGUGUUUCUGUAUGCUAAAUAGUUUUCCACUUAGAUACAAUCAUUUUUAUAUAUGUUUCUUAAAAUUGCUCUAGAUCAUGUUCAAGCUAUC